AAAAGACGACAGUUUCUUCUUCUCCUCAUCUCAAUCAUCAUCCUCUUUUAUCUCAUUUGCUUUUGAAUUUCAAAACGAUCACAUAAUACUUUUGAAUCCGUGGUUCCAUCUCAAAAACUUUUUUAACUAUGGCCGAAGAAACCAAGAACGUUACUGAGCAUGAGGUGCCAAAGGUAGCAACAGAGGAAUCAUCAUCGACAGAGGUUACUGAUCGUGGACUGUUCGAUUUCUUGGGAAAGAAGAAGGACGAAACUAAACCCGAAGAGACGACCAUCGACUCUGAGUUCGAGCAGAAGGUUCAUAUCUCUGAGCCAGCACCAGAGGUUAAAGUCGAGCACGAAGAGGAAGAGAAGAAGCCUAGUCUCCUUGAGAAGCUUCACAGAAGCGACAGUUCUUCUAGCUCUUCAAGCGAGGAAGAAGGUGAAGAUGGUGAGAAGAGGAAGAAGAAGAAGAAGGAUAAGAAGAAGACAAUCCGUGGUUCCAUCUCAAAAACUUUUUUAACUAUGGCCGAAGAAACCAAGAACGUUACUGAGCAUGAGGUGCCAAAGGUAGCAACAGAGGAAUCAUCAUCGACAGAGGUUACUGAUCGUGGACUGUUCGAUUUCUUGGGAAAGAAGAAGGACGAAACUAAACCCGAAGAGACGACCAUCGACUCUGAGUUCGAGCAGAAGGUUCAUAUCUCUGAGCCAGCACCAGAGGUUAAAGUCGAGCACGAAGAGGAAGAGAAGAAGCCUAGUCUCCUUGAGAAGCUUCACAGAAGCGACAGUUCUUCUAGCUCUUCAAGCGAGGAAGAAGGUGAAGAUGGUGAGAAGAGGAAGAAGAAGAAGAAGGAUAAGAAGAAGACAACUACUGAAGUAGAGGUGAAAACAGAGGAGGAGAAGAAAGGGUUUAUGGAUAAACUGAAGGAGAAGCUUCCUGGACACGGUAAGAAGACAGAGGAUGCUUCAACCGUCGCUGCUGCACCGGUGGUUACUCCUCAUCCGGUUGAGGAAGCUCAUCCAGUGGAGAAGAAAGGGAUUCUGGAAAAGAUCAAGGAGAAGCUUCCAGGGUACCACCCCAAGACCACCGUAGAGGAAGAGAAGAAGGAUAAGGAAUAAGCAAAAAAAAAGAAAAUUAUGAUUAAAUAUUAUGAAUAAUGAUAUUGAUUUGCUUUGUUUUUUUUUCUUUUUCUAUUGUGAUGAUUGAUCAUCUUUUGCUUUUAUGAUGUUUAAGUUUGUUGGCUUUUUGUUGAUUACAGUAUUCAUAUGUUUCUCUUUCUCUUGUAUAUGGUUUUUCAAAAAAAAAAACAAAAUUAUUUCAUGGUA